AUGAUUGGCUGGCGACGGAGCGGCGAUCAGGCGAGCGACGCUGCCCGCGGUAACGCAGGAUCGCAACGGCAAGAGGAGCCUGCGCGCGGGGGGGAGGACGAGAGGGCGGAGCUCAGCCUAGCUGACGGCAUGGCGGAUGCUGCUGGCGGCCCGCCCUUGGAGCUGGUUCAUGUCGACGCGUUGAGCGCAAUCAACGUGGUCGAUGACGCCGACGCCCCUCCCCCCACCGCCGCACCACCCACUGACGCCCCUUUUACCACCUCCACACCGUUCCAAACCCCUACUGUCGCACCAACGCCCUUCCACACACCUGCUGUUGCGCCAACGCCCUUCCACACCCCUGGGGGAUUUAAACCCGCUCCUGGCGGCUCAAACCCCACUUCCAACGGCAUGAAAUCCACGCCGUUCCACACCCCUGGCACGGCAGCAGCAGCAGCAGCGCCUGUCACGCCGUUCUUUGACGCAGCACGCACCUUCGCCGCUCCUUCCAAAGGCGCUGAUAUGACGCUGCCGUCCGGAAGGGGUGGUAGGGGUUCUGCUGGAAAGGGGUUGACUGGCGGAGAUCCGGGAUCUAGAUUUGCCACGCCGGUUACCAGUGGUUGGGCGUCGCCUGCUGACGUGGAUGCCGGUGAUGCUGACGAGGACGAGGAGUUUCACACGCCAGAUGGCGGGGCGUCCCCAGUGGAUAUCGCAAAGGCGUACAUGAGAGGCGACCUCCGCGCUUCCGCCAAGCGAGCUCGCGACGAUGACGAGGCAGAUGCUGAUUGGCUGAGGGGAUCCGAGUCAGUGUCAGCACGACGAAUUCGCCCUCGUGCCUCCCACCAGUCCAACCGCCUCGCCCUGGUAUCCUUCCCCCCCGGCCCCACCUCUUUCCCCGGUCCUAUCACAAGGCAUUCAGAUUCCGUCUUGGGGGUUUUAGCUCCCCCUCCCCUCCCUCCCCCUGCACUCUUUUCUGCUGGGGCCGGAAGUUUUCUCCCCUCUGCCCGGCUUCGCGGGCAGGCUGCCCGCUCCCACGCGUUUGCCUCUCGUAACAGCAGCGGCGGGCAGCGCCUGCUGCCCGGAGAACUGCCCGGGUUUUCUCUGGGCGCUAAGAAGGGCGCAUGGGAUAAGGCGUUUGAAGGGGUGGGAGACGGUGGAGAGCUGUUCCCGGAAAGGGAUACGUUUGGGUUGUUCGGGCGUAAGGGGUCAGGCAGAGAGGGGAGUAGGCCGUUAGAGCAAGACAGGCGCCGGCAGGGACUAGAGCAGGGGCAGCAGGGGCAGAGGCAGGGGCGGGAGGGGCAGCAGCGGGCAGGGCAGCAGCAGGGACAGGAUGUACUCUCUGGGAUGAGCCUUGCCCCUGGCAAGUCGCUAGAAACGGCUCAAAAGAUCCUCGCCAAGCUGGAGGAUAUCAGAGGCGCGGGGGCGCAGGGGGGGAUGCGCGCAGGCGGGGGAACGGGCACAGGGUCUGGAGCAGGUAUGGGAUCAGGUUCGGUCUGGGGCGUGGGCACAGGUGCUGCUGGCGGUGCAAGCACCGGGGUUGGUGAGGGGACGGGAGGGAGCAGGACGGCAGGGGCAGAGAGAGAGCAGUUAACGGUGAGAGAGAAGCAAGCAGAGGGGAAGUUAGCAGCCGCAGGGGCAGGUGCAGGUGCAGGUGCAGGUUUAGGUGCAGUUUCAGGUGCAGUUUCAGGUGCGGGGGCAGGUAUAAGUGUAGCAGCAGGGGCAGGUGCAGGUGCCACCACUAGGACUAGAGGAGAAGAGGAGAAGAAGCCUUUUGCCACGUCAUCUGAUGAGCCAACCAUUGUGAUUCAGCCACGUGGAUCCCCUGGUGCCACGUCAGCAGGAGCGGGUGCUGAUGUUGGUGCAGGGUUCACUGGGGGUUUCUCAUUCCAUGGCACAGGGGCAGCCGCGGCAGGCUCGGCGUUCCCGUCUGCAGGUUUGGCAACUCCGAAGCUGUUUGGUUCGGGCAGCUUUUCCAAGUCCCAGGCCUCUCCACCUGGAGCUGGGUCGGGCGAGAAGAAGAGUGCAGGGACUGCCGAGCCUAAGUUCAGCUUCGGCAGCAAGCCAGGCUCGGCAGCAGGUCUUGAUUUCAGUCAAGUGGUUGGAAAGACGGCAGCAGCAGGUCCGGAUUUCAGUCAAGAGGUUCCAAAGUUUGGAUUCCGCUCUCCUGCACUAUCCUUCGGCGCUACUGCUGCUGCCACAGCGUUUCAGCCGCCCUCCUCCCCGCCCUCCCCACUCACUCCCGUCGCUUUUUCAUUUGGAUCCCCUGCUGCCACUGCCACCACUACUGCCACCACUGGCACCGCUGCUACUGGCGCUUUUACACCCGGUGAUAAGCUGCAAGGGCUGGGGAAACAAGGCCAAGUGCCCAAGGCCCUCUUUGCCACGUCCUCCCCUUUCUCCUCGUCCGUGGCUCCUAGCUUCGGGGGUGGGAAAGGUUCCACCGAUGCUGGAACAGGCGCAGGCACGGGAUUCGGCACAGGAACGGGAACAGGGACGGGAACAGGGUCGGGAUCAGGCAUGGGGGUAUCAGGUUCGGAGGGGACGAAAGCGGCGAGUGCUGCUCCGGUGUUUGCAUUUGGUGCUUCUGCCACACCUGCCACCGCACCAGCCAAUAGUGGCUUUGCCUUUGGUGCGUCCGCCACACCUGCCACCGCACCAGACAAUAGUGGCUUUGCCUUUGGUGCGUCCGCCACACCUGCCACCGCACCACCUAAGAGUGGCUUCGCGUUUGGUGCCUCUGCCACACCCGCCACUGCACCAGGUAAAAGUGGCUUCGCCUUUGGUGCUGCCCCUGCCGCUCCAGUUUUUGGAUCGAGCAGCCCUGCUGCUGCUGCUGCUGCUAAUGCUGCUGCUGCUGCUGCUGCUGCUGGUGGUGCUGGCGGUGGCACUGCUGCUCCUUCGUUUGCAGCGUCACCGUUUGCGUUUGGAGGGAGGAGCAGCACGGGAGGAGCAGAGGCGAAGGGCGACGCUGCAGAGGCAGCAGCAGGCGGAGGGGACAAGGAAGACGAUGAGGGAAGUGAGAGGAUACAAUCUGACCGGCCAAAGAAGCGAGGCGGUGGUGGUGGUGGUGGUUUUGGCAGUGGUGGUGGUGGUGGUGGUGCUUCUGAUUGGAAAGCUGCUGGUAGCCCUUUUGCUACUGCUGAUGGUGAAGGGGGUGCGUUCCCUAACCCGUUUGUAAAGCGGCCAAUGGUGAAGAAGGACGAGAAGACGCCGAAGAAGAGCAAGAGCGAGGCGGCGGGCGAGGAGGUCGAGAAGACGCCGAAGCGGAAAAAGAGCGACGCGACGGCGACGGAAGCGGCGACGGCGAGCGGCGGCGAGCGGUCGACGAAGAAGAAAAAGUCGGACGCCGCCGCGAGCGACGGCGCGACGCCGAAGAAAUUGAAGAAGAAGGAGAAGGAGGGGGGCGAGAAGGGGGGGAAGGGGGAGAAGGACGCGGCGGCGGCGGCGGCGGCGGCGGCGGCGCUCAAGUGGCGGAACGUGUGCGCCAUCGCGAAGCCGCUGGCGGACCCGCCGUUCAACCAGAAAGUGCUGCAGCUCGUCAAAAAAGCGGCGAAGCACAAGGGGUACCUGCGGCGAGGCGUCAAGGAGGUCGCUAAGGCCGUGCGCAAGGGCGAAAAGGGUGUAUGUGUGUUGGGAGGAGACGUGUCACCCAUCGAUGUCAUCUCGCAUCUCCCUAUCGUGUGCGAAGAGGCCAACAUUCCCUACACCUACGUGCCCAGCCGUGCGGACUUGGCCGCGGCGGUCGCGGCGGCAGUAACGCUUUCGAGGGCACCGCGACUCGCAGUCGUCGUCAAAGCCAGCACAGGCGCAAUGGACGGGGCGAACAGGCGCCUCGAGAAUGCCGACGCGGCGGGGGAUCUACUGGCGACGGACCUGGCCCUCACGCUGACGCCGCCCGUCGGCGCGGCUUCCAGGAGAGGAGACGCGGCGGCCUCUUUGCGAGACGCCACUUCGCGAGGCGCUCACGAAGCGGUGCUUUCUCGAAGCGCGUCAAACACGAGGCCAGCGGCGGCGGCAGAGGCGGCGAACGCGCACUGCGCGCAGCUGGAAAGGUUCCCCACGUCGAGCAGCCGAACGCGCAGUCCGCCGCCUGGAGGGGGAGGUUCCGUCGUGGCCACCUUGGGAAUGUCGCUGGAUAAUACUACCGCCGAUGCUAACCGCCCCGUCAAAGCUCCCCCCGAGGCUCUUCAACAGGUUCGGCAGCAGCAGCAGCAGCAGCAGCACCCAGAGCAUCUGCAGGAGUACCAGCUACAGGAGAUUCUGUUCCGCUCGCGGCCGUUUUCCCCGUCUCUUCUUGCGGAGACAGCAGCCCGGUUCUCGCCACGUCAGACAAACGACGCGUCUCUUAUUCGCGGUGCGGCGACAAAUCGUGCUCCUAAUAACGCAGUCCGGGCAUCAUCUACGCGACCGCCGCUUUUUUUUGUCGCACCAAGCGGAGCUCGAGCUCUCUUUUCUGCGUCGCCCGAUUCGCCAGGCGGCUCCAACAUUCCGCCAGCGCCGCCGCCAACGGCGCCGUUGACGUACGAUGCAGCAGCGGUGGUGGUGGAUUCCGUUGCGCAGUUUCUCCGCAGCCUCGGCGCGCCCGCAUUUUCCGCCCUCCCUGGAGCUUCCCCCGCGACUACCGCACCGUUCUCCGCUCCCCCUCUUCCCCUUGCCAGAGACUCCGCACCCGCAGUUCCUUCCGCUCCGCUCGCUCCCCAAACAUCAACACCUUCCGCCUCCUUCGCCGACGCGAGCGCUGGGUCCGCAGGAGAGCUUGCGCUGGCGCGGCUUUUGGGUACGCCAGGUUUGAAUGCAGGGGCUCCGGAAAGCCUCGCGCUGCUGGCGCGGCUCUGGGGCGCGGGAGGACCUGCCGCAGCGCCGCUCGCGCAAAAUAUGAGUGCGAAAUCGCCAGGAGAAGGGGGAAAUGGCGACGGAGAACUUGCCAUUGGCGCAGAGGGGGGACAUUUUGCGCUCCGGGUAGGUAGUAGAGAAACGGGGAAGGGAAUGGAUAACGAUGACGGGGAAAUGGCGGCAGCGCAAACAAGGGGGGCGAAUUUUGUAGGCGGAGGGGCGGAAGGGAAACGCGCAAAUGCAGAUGCUAUUGCAGGGACAGAAUUCGAUCGGUUGAGAUCGGUGGGUGGUGCACAUCUAGGGGGAGAAGGGGGAAAGGGAGAAAGGGGAGAGCAGGGGGGAGCGGGUGAGAAGGGAGCUGGAGGAGCAGAAGGGGGAGAGGAGGGGGAAGCAGAGUCGGCGGAAGGAGGGGAAGAUGGCGAGGGAAAUGGGAACAAGAGGAAGAUGCGGCUAACACAGGAGCAGCAGAGCACAAUGGAAGCAGUAUUCAGAAAAACCCCGAGGCUCACUCCCAGGGAAAAGAGCGCAUUAGCAGGGCAGCUGGGCGUGCGGGUGAGGCAGGUGGAGGUGUGGUUUCAGAACCGCAGGGCGCGCACCAAGGUGAAGGAUACUGAGGUGGAGCUGGACGGCUUGAGGCGGCGCUGCCAGACACUAGCUGACGAGAAUCACCGCCUCAGGGAGAGGCUCGCGAGGUGA